AUGACUCCAUCUGACAACCAGGCGUCUGAACGGCCAAACUGGCUAAUGGUUUGUCGCGCUCAUGGUCGCUUAAUGUGUGACUACUGCAACGUAAGCUACGAUGUAUUUGAGAGGGAUGAGCGUCGUCUCCAGAACAGUCAAUGGGUUCAAAUCACGUCUCGUUCAUAUACUUCAAACUACGGAACUAGAGAGGGCGAGACAUCACAAACCGACACCAGAAGCCGGUUUAGAGACACCCUUCCCGUAUCUCAGGGCUACCAUUCACCCGAUCCCCCCCUGGAGGCAGCCUCCGACCCGCAGUUCGACGAUGCGGAAAUUAGACAAGGCUACGAACGAAUCCUACCCACAGCAUUCAUUCCACCGGCGGGAUCAACUGAGCCUGAUGACCUAUUUCAGGCGAAGUUUCAUCUCUGCCUCUCAUGUGCGGAACCAUCAUACCAUUGGGUUCGACAAGACGACCCGAAGCAAAUGUUGAUAUAUACCGAUGGUGCCUGUUCCAACAAUGGACAGCUUGGUCCCCAGGCAGGAUGGGCAUUCGUCGUUGGCCCUCCCAGUUUUGGCAUAACAGGACAUGUUUCGGGCCGCCUUGAAGACAAAGGCCCAAUUGGAGAUGAGUAUCGUCAGACGAGCAACAGAGCAGAGCUGCGAGCCGUUGUUGAAGCGCUUCGGUACAGAAACUGGGCGGCCGAGGGAUUUACCUCUGUAGUAAUUGCAACCGACUCCGCGCAUGUGGCCAAGGGCGUCACGAGGUGGAUUCGAAAAUGGCUUAAAAAUGGGUGGAGAGCCUCCGAUGGACCGGUGAAGAAUAAGGACAUGUGGGCGAUGCUCCUUGAAGAGCUCGAGCGGUGUGACUCCUUAGGGUUCGAGGUCAAGUUAUGGAGAAUUCCGAGGAAACUCAACCGCAUGGCUGAUGAAGUUGCAAAGUCAGCUGCAGAAAAGGACGAAGUGCGUUAUUCUUACCAGGACAUCAGAAGAACUCAUGUUUGA